UGGAGGCUUGAGCUUCCGGAUCCUGCAAGGGCUCCCGGCGCCCCAGGGGUGGGUGGCAGGACCCUGGUUUGGGAGAAAUGGGCAUAAAGGGGGUGACUGGACUCAGGACCCCUGGGUGGUAGAGAUGCGCGGGAGUCCCAGGGAUGUCUGGCAGCCGGACUCUCGGGGCUCUUGCUGGGCUAAGACACUCUAUUGCCCAGGGAGUGGUCAUGGGGGUGCAGAAGGGCUGGGGGUACCCUAAGGAGGUCUGUGGCAGAGGGGGCCAGCUGCUGGGCCCAAGGGUCGCUGUGGAGCUCUCGAGGUGACAGGCCUGGCUGUGUCCUCCCCCAGAGCUGCCCUGUCCAGAUCAUGGACCCUGAAGUGUCCUUGCUGCUGCAGUGCCCCCCAGGGGGGCUUCGGGAGGAGCAGGUGCGGGCUGAGCUGAGCCCAGACCACGACCGUCGCCCACUGCCAGGAGGGGACGAGGCCGUCGCUGCCAUCUGGGAGAGCCGGCUACAGGCUCAGCCCUGGCUCUUUGACGCCCCCAAGUUCCGCCUGCACUCAGCCAUCUUGGCACCCACUGGCUCACAGGGACCACAACUGCUCCUGCGCCUGGGCCUGACUUCCUACCGAGACUUCCUGGGCACUAACUGGGCCAGCUCGGCUUCCUGGCUGCGACAGCAGGGGGCCGCUGACUGGGGUGACAAGCAAGCCUACCUGGCAGACCCUCUGGGGGUUGGCGCCACACUGACCACUGCAGAUAACUUCCUUGUCUUCCUGCAUCGCUCUCGGCAGGUGGCCGAGGCACCUGGGCUGGUGGAUGUGCCUGGUGGGCACCCUGAGCCUCAGGCCGUGUGCCCUGGUGACAGCCCUCUGCACAAGGACCUCCCUGGGGAGCUGGUGGUGCAUGAGCUCUUCUCCAGUGUCCUCCAGGAGAUCUGUGAUGAGGUGAACGUGCCACUGUCCACCCUGAGCCAGCCACUGCUAUUGGGCAUUGCCCGCAAUGAGACCAGUGCCGGCCGCGCCAGUGCCGAGUUCUACGUCCAGUGCAGCCUGACUUCCGAGCAGGUGAAGAAGUACUACUUGAGUGGGGGAGCCGAGGCCCACGAGUCUACCAGAAUCAUUUUUGUGGAGACACAGAGGGUAUGGAGGUUGCAGGAGACCGAAAUGUGGGUUGAGCUCUGCCCCUCGGCUAAAGGCGCUAUCUUCCUCUACAACCAAGUCCAGGGAAGUCCCACCUGAGUCGCCCUAGGGCCCUCAACCCUCGCACAACUUGGAAGACAAUAAAGGACUUUAUUCUUGGGUUCCAUUGGCAUCUGCUGUUUCCGUGAGGCAGAGAUGGACCGUUGGGAGAGACCUGGGUGGGUGAGAGACAGGACGAGUGUCUUGGGAAACAACAACAACAAAAACCCAGCCUCAGUUUUCCCCUCUGCAAACUGGGAUGAGGACCCAGUCGCCUUGCCAGGAUGUGGUGAGGGUCCGGGGUGGAAGCUCCUUUAUGAAAGAUGUCUCGCUGCUGAGUAACAGCCGUGUUCCCGGGACAGAGCGACGGAAGCUGGGUCAAAAGCCUCAGUGAGGGCAGGCAAUGUCCCUCCCGCUUCGCGGACGGGCGCCAGGAGUCUUUCCGCAGAUCCGCGGGCCUCAACCUCGUUGGGGGGCCCGAGGCGCCAGAAGCCAAUGGGUGUGCGGGGUGUGGCCUUCGACGCACUUCCGAACCUUCCGGUUCGGUGGGCGUGGCCUGGGCGUCUAAGCCAAUGAGGGCGUGGGGGCGGGGCCUGCAUAGGCACAGGAGUUUGGCGGCCACGGAAUCCCCGCCUGCCUGUCGCCAUGCUGUCCCUGUGCCUGUGCCGGUUGUGGCCCCGCAGCGCUCCCAUCCGGCUCUUCUCAGCGGCCACCGGGCAGCGGUCUGGCCCCAGGAACUACUAUGAACUGUUAGGGGUGCAUCCUGGUGCC